AUGAAUAGCCGAUGCCUAAUUGUUUGUUAUGGAGAACUAUUUUUGAAAGGAAGAAACCGCCCCGAAUUUGUUCAAAAAUUAACUAAUAAUAUUAAUUUAUCCUUUCAAAAAAAUAAUUUUUCCAACUUUAGCAUUAGAAAACUCCACGAUCAACUAAUAAUUACUGCUAAAGAUGACAAAGAAUUACCCAAAAUGAUUCCUUACUUAAAAAAGGUAUUUGGAAUUAGCACUUUCUUUUUGGCUUACCAACUAGAAAAUGACUAUGAAAAACUUUGCAAGUUUGUUGAAAGCAUUACUGACUAUUAUGAAAUUAAUUUUACUACUUUCAAAUUUGACAUUAGCCGGAGUGAUAAGACUUUUCCCAAAAACUCUUUAACCUUGCAAAAAGAAUUGGGAGAGAUUAUAGUCAAAAAACAAAAUUUAAAAGUUAAAUUAAAUAAUCCGCAAACGACUUUUUAUAUUCGAAUUCAUCACCAAUUUAUCCUUUUUUUUAUUGAAAAAAUAAAAGGGCUUGAAGGCUUGCCGGUCGGCAGUUCCGGAAAAAUUCUAUUACUUUUAAGUGGAGGGAUAGAUUCUCCAGUAGCCGCUUACCAAUUAAUGAAAAGAGGUUUAGAAGUGGUUUACUUGCACUUUUACCAUGAAAAAAAGGGGCAAGAAAAAAUAUUUGCGCUGAGCGAAAAAUUAAGUCCAUAUAACAACUUUUCUAGGCAAGUUUAUUUAGUUGAUGCCCAACCUCUUUUUACUGAAAUUAGUCAUAUUAGUCAAGCCAAAUAUCGCCUAAUUAUUUUGAAAAGAAUGUUUAUUCGUUGUGCUGGUCUAUUAGCCAGAAAAUUAGCCAUCACUGCUCUUGCCACUGGUGAUUCCUUAGCACAAGUAGCUUCCCAAACUCUCGAAAGUUUGGGAGUUAUUCAACAGGCUUCUAUAACUGUUUUUGAACCAGUAAAAGCCUUAACUCAAAAAGCAAUUGAAUUACAUCAUGAUUUAGAAAGGGAUGAAAAAGGAAUAAUUAAUAAAAUUCUUUGCUGA